AUGACAGACAAAGAAGCUGUUUGCGUUGGCGUGCGGCUGAGACCUUUCGUUGCCUAUGAGCAAGGGCAGCAACAGUGCCUUACAAUAUCUGGCAAUGUUGUGCACGUGGACCCCAAUGUUGCGGAGCAAUCCCAGAAAGCAAAGGUCUCUGAGUUCGCCUUCGAUUGCGCUAUGGAUAGCACCGAUCCUGAUGCCCCGGACUACGUGUCCCAGGAUAGGUGCUAUGAUUUGAUGGCAAAGAGGAUGGUAGACCACGUUCUCGGAGGUUAUUUUAGUUGCUUAUUUUGCUAUGGGCAGACUGGCACUGGAAAGACGACCACUAUCAUGGGGAAGGUGGAGCCUGUAUCUAAGCAGGGACUGCUGUUGCGCCUCAUGAACGACCUUUUUUCUGAGAUGACUGCUUUGCAAGAUGAGGGCUUGGAGGUGCACUGCAAAGUUCAGAUGCUUGAGGUGUACAACGAAAAGGUGCGUGACCUCCUCGUGCCCAUGAAUGGAAAUAGCGCCUUGGCUUUGAAUGUGCCCUUUGACAUUUUUGUCCAACAGCGUACGUAUGUGAAGGGAGUGGCAGAUGAGCCCGUUGAUUCCUUUGAGAAUUGUGUCCAAUUGAUUGAGUGUAACGAGAAGGUGGAAGAAGGACCGCAUCAAUCUUCAAACGUGUCCGGCGAGAGGCUCGUCGAACUCACCUUCAUAAAUCAAAGUUUGAUGUGGUUGGCAAGCUGCAUUCAAGCACUGGCAAAGCCGGAGACUAGAAAAUCGAUGGUUCCAGGUGCUGGCACCGGCAAUCUAAUGUCCAGAUUUCGGAAUUCGAAGUUGACAUUGUUGCUGUCCAAUGCUUUGAGUGGAAACUCCAAAACAUCAAUGAUUGGUACUUUGAGUCCGGCGCUUGCGAAUUUCGAAGAGAGUUACAGUACACUGACCUUUGCGUCAACGGUCAAAAAUAUAAAGAUCAAAGCCAAACCUGCAUCAGCUGUGGACAAAGAUGCGCUAGUGAAGAGCUUGCAGGAGGAAUUGCAGGCUUUGAAAGAACAGCUUGCUGCAUCGGAGGAGAAGGUCCAUGCUGAUGCUUUGACGGACAAACUCGAGGCAACUGAAGCUUUGAUGGAAAGAUAUCGAAAAGGCUGGGAAGAGGCGCAAACGGAAGCUAAGCGACUCAUGUCUCAAAGAGGUGCUGAUUUGGAAAAGCUGGGCGCCCCGCGAUGGAGCUGGGCAAUGCACAGCGUUUUGGCUGCAAAGCGUGAAGAUUCAAAGCGCAUUCCACAUUUGGUCAAUUACUCCGAUGAUCCUUACAUGAGGGGGAGGCUCACGUUCCAUCCUUGA